UCUCCAACCUUGGUUAUUGAAUUUUUGCCAAGAAGAAACCACAAAUGUCUGGAGUUAGUAUGUUGGUGGAAUCAAUAGAGAAAGAACUGCAACAGGUACCAACAUUACCAUCCAAUUGUACAAUUUACAGAGUUCCAGUGAUGCUACGCAAAGUAAAACCAGAAGCUUACACACCUCACUUGGUCACAAUCGGCCCUUUCCACCGUAACAAACAACACUUAAAACCCAUGGAAACACAUAAAUUACAGUACCUCAAUGAAUUUCUACGCCGAAAUUCUCAGGUAAACGUGGUUGAUUACAUCAAUGCAUUGACAGAUUUGGAAGAAAAAGCUCGAAAAUGUUAUUCAGAAAUCAUCAAUCUUAAAAAAGAUGAGUUCAUCAAAAUGCUAUUAAUGGAUGGUUGCUUCAUUCUUGAACUUUUUCUUAGAAGAGAUAGAUGGGAACAAUACCGCGAAGAUCCUUUAUUGAGUAAGACAUGGAUGUCUCGUACUAUAAUGAGAGAUCUCAUUUUACUUGAAAAUCAAAUUCCUUUCUUUGUUCUUCAGAAAUUGAAAACCUUAUUGAAUAGGGGAAAUUCUGAAGCUCGAGCUACUCAUCUCAAUUAUCUUAGCCGGACUUUCUUUGGUGAAAUGAUGUUGCAUCGACGUGAAAGCUUUGGAAGACUUUUUUUAGAAGGAAUUUUUCGAGUAGCAAGAGAUAGAAAUUUAAUUGAUUUCGAAAAUUUACCGGAGAAUGAAGAAGAAUCAGAUGAUCAAAAUGAUGAAACGCGACAUUUGCUUGAUUUCGUAAGACAACUUCAUCUUCCAUCAUCAUCAACAGCAUCACAAAAUUAUGGGAAUUUCAGAUCUAUUCAUAGUGCAACAGAGCUUCAUGAUCAAGGCAAGGUGAAAUUUAAGUGGGGUUCUCAAACUUGUUUGUUUGAGAUAACUUUUAAUAGACAAGAUUUGAGUAUUCCACCUAUAAAAAUUGGAGAUUGGACAGAAUCAUUUCUCAGAAAUUUAAUUGCCUAUGAACAGAGUCACAGUGAUUGUACCAAAUAUGUUACAGCUUAUGCAGCUUUCAUGGAUGGUCUUAUUGUCUCUCCUAAGGAUGUUGAGUUGCUUCAGAAGAAUAAAAUUAUUGAUAACUUAUUUGGUAGACCUGAAAAGGUUUCUGAGUUAUUUAAUAAACUUCUUGAAGAGGUUACAAUACCUUUUGAUAAUUUUUAUUUUUCUGGGAUUUCUGAAGAAGUGGAGACAUAUUAUGAGAUGAUUAAGGAAAGUUCUAUGCAUUAUUAUCAUUUCAAUACUUCAUGGGCUUGGGGUUUCUUGAAGAGGUUACCAUACCUUUUGGUGAUUUUCACUUUUCUGAUAUUUGCAAUGAAGUGGAGAAAUAUUUCGAAAUGA